AUGGAAAGAGGAAAAAUAUCUACAGGCCGCGGAGGCAAAAGUAAAGCACCACAGCAUCCCCAGGAUAUCUUCGCUCUCGGUAGCAAAUCAACUGUGGUUGUUUCAAGAGACGCCGAAAAGAGAAAUAUACAUAAGCCUUCUUCAAGUGGUGUGGAACGUAAACGUGAAACAUCAGGUUUUGGCAGCCAGCCACCGAGCAAGAAGUCCAGAAUAGGUUCACCUGCUGAAACAGUUGGUGGUACUUCACUGGAUGUGGAGCCAGUUGACCUAGUACCAAAUGUUCUUCAAGCACUGGAUACUCAUAACUCUGAUAAGCUAUUGGGCCUUUUAACCGGUUCAAUCCGUUUACUCAAAUCUCAACGUUCAAAACCAGACAUCAUCCUUUGUAUGAGCAUGCUGUAUCUGACAAAGAUUAGACCGAAUAUGUUUGCACAUGAGACUGUUACGCAGAGCCUCUGCACUCUGCUAAAGAGAGAGCAGGGAGCAGCAUUUAAAAACAAGGGCAAUCCACUUGUUUUCGUGCUAGCAUGUAACAUGUUGUACGCUGGUCAUAAAGAUAGCACUAAUUGGCCCGACACCUUCAUUAAGGUGUACAUAGAAGAUGCUCUUAAUGAGCGUUGGUGGGUGGAUUGCUCAUGGUGCAAGUGCUUAGUUGAGAACAUUGUGACAGCUUUUGGUACUAAGCAGCCACCAUCCCAUUUAAUACCUACUGAUAAUACACUGGGUACAAUGUCACCAUCAGGGUCUGGAUCACCUCUGAUGGGCAGCACUGAUGAAGAUACCGACAACACUGAACUUGAAUACUCUGUGUUUCCAAGAUACACCAGCAGCUACGAAACUGUGGAAGCGCUUGUUUUAGAAGCGAUAAAAGAGCAGAUUCAACGACGCACUGCACCGGACACCAUUGGAAAAGGCUUUCUUAAGUUACUCUCAGCUACUUGCGGCUUCCCAGAGAUCCGCAUGAUUGCGGCAUCCCGUCUAGAGGCGUGGCUGCACUCGGGCAAGCUGUGGCGCGCGGCGCAGGAGCUGCUGGCGCAUGUGUGCGCUAACGCGGCCGCCGCCGGGCCCAGCGCUGCGCGCGACCACGAGGUGCUGGCGCAGCUCGCGCGCAUGCGCCUCAAGACCAAGCCGCUGCAGACCGCCUACCAGGGCUGCCUCAGGAGCGACGCGGCCGCCGACGGGCCCAGCGCCGCGCGCGACCACGAGGUGCUGGAGCAGCUCGCGAUCAGGCGCCUCAAGACCAAGCCGCUGCAGACCGCCUACCAGGGCUGCCUCAGGUCAGUAAGCUGCAGCAGCUGUGCAGCUGUGACGCAGGAGCGACGCGGCCGCCGCCGGUCCCAGCGCCGCGCGCGACCUCGUGGUGCUGGCGCAGCUCGCGCGUAUGCGCCUCAAGACCAAGCCGCUGCAGACCGCCUACCAGGGCUGCCUCAGGAGGACGCGGCCGCCGCCGGGCCCAGCGCCGCGCGCGACCACGAGGUGCUGGCACAGCUCGCGCGCAUGCGCCUCAAGACCAAGCCGCUGCAGACCGCCUACCAGGGCUGCCUCAGAUCAAUAAGCUGCAGCAGCUGUGCAGCUGUGACGCAGGAGCGCCGCGGCCGCCGCCGGGCCCAGCGCCGCGCGUGGCCACGAGGUGCUGGCGCAGAUCGCGCGUAUGCGCCUCAAGACCAAGCCGCUGCAGAUCGCCUACCAGGGCUGCCUCAGGUCAGUAAGCAGCAGCAGCAGCGCGGCCGCCGCCCGCCACCGGAUGAGACCGCGAGAGACCACGAGGCGCUGGCGCAGUCAUGCGGACAGACUCAGGAGCCUGCUGCUGAGCAGCUGAAAGUCGAUUGUGGGGAGAUGGUGUCGGAGAGUCCGGCGCUACUGCGCAGCGUGGUGACGCACACCAUCUACAACGAGCUGUCGAACGCGCGCUCGCCCAACAACAUGGCCGUGCUGGCCGCGCUCAUACACGCGCAGCCGCAGCUCGUGCCCGCCGCCAUCGCCGAGACCUACCAGGAGCUGCUGUUCCGUGCGGAGGACUACCUGCGUCCGAUGCGCGCCAUGUUGCGCGAGUGCGUGCGAGCUGCGCGCGCCGAGACGCAGGCGCUGCUGCCGCUGGCCGCCGCGCUCGCCGCGCCUCCGCCGCACGACCCGCCGCCCGAGGUGCGGGAGCGCGCGUUCCAGGCGCUGGCCGACCUGUUCUGCUGCUGCUGCUCGGUGACGGCGGCGCUGGGCCGUCAGCAGGCGGCCGCCGAGCUGCGCGCGCAGCUGUGCGCGCUGCAGCAGCACGCGCUGGCCUGGCUGCUGGAUACCGCCGCGGCCGUCUACCGGCCCGCGCGCCACGACUACCAGCUCGCGCUUAACAAGGUACCGCCGCGCUCUCGCACUCGCUCUCGCAUAUCCCUGCGCAGCAGCUGUGCGCGCUGCAGCAGCACGCGCUCGCCUGGCUGCUGGAUACCGCCGCCGCCGUCUACCGGCCCGCGCGCCACGACUACCAGCUCGCGCUUAACAAGGUACCGGCGCGCUCUCGCACUCGCUCUCGCAUAUCCCUGCGCAGCAGCUGUGCGCGCUGCAGCGGAACGCGCUCGCCUUGGCUGCUGGAUACCGCCGCGGCCGUCUACCGGCCCGCGCGCCACGACUACCAGCUCGCGCUUAACAAGGUACCGACGCGCUCGCUCGCUCUCGCAUAUCCCUGCGCAGCAGCUGUGCGCGCUGCAGCAGCACGCGCUCGCCUGGCUGCUGGAUACCGCCGCGGCCGUCUACCGGCCCGCGCGCCACGACUACCAGCUCGCGCUUAACAAGGUACCGGCGCGCUCACUCGCUCUCGCAUAUCCCUGCACAGCAGCUGUGCGCGCUGCAGCAGCACGCGCUCGCCUGGCUGCUGGAUACCGCCGCGGCCGUCUACCGGCCCGCGCGCCACGACUACCAGCUCGCGCUUAA